UACAAUACGAAGUACAAUACUGCGCCAGUAAAUUGCGAAUUAGCCCACAGCUAUCGUAAAACACUGCUCACAGUUAAUUUCCCAAAGGGCCGCAGUAUUAUGCUUCGCAUUACAUGUAUAUGACUUUAAAAAUCCACCAGCAACAAACGAAUUUUAUGGAAUUGAGUCGUUUGAACAUUUCCUCUGUAAAACCCACGGGAUAACUGGAAGAUGGCGCGUUGGCAGAUUAACACCAUACUUGCAGAUUUUGCAAUGGGGCUUCUGCUCUGUAUCCAUCUUAUGCUGAUAUGCUUAACAGUUGCGGCAAGCUCUUCUGUAUUUCCCGAUAAACUGGAACCAGAAUGCGGCAAUAUACUGAACAUGACAAUUGCUGUAACCGAAAGCCGAAAUAUUACAUUCGCUCGUUCUUUUCGCAGCGAUCCAGUUAGUAAUGCUGAAUGGUCCCAAGUAAAUGAAAUAAUCCGCACAAAAUUGUGCGGCGGGGACCGUUAUUGGGAUUUGACGUCCACCGCUCAUCCCAACAAAUACGUCCGCGUGUACUGCUCCAAACAAAAUGAAAGCCAAACGGAAUUCGCUAAUCUUUUCCAACACCUUCACAACAUCUUCCCGCUACGCGCGCUGGUUCUGCAUGUAUCGUACGACAACGAUUACCAGCCAAUCAUCAACUCCGCCGUCUUCCAGCCAAUCCGCGAUCGGCUGAUUGAUUUGACCAUCCGCCGUGGUCAACCGUUGGUCACACAGUACCUUGGCGGUGUGGGCGUGUUCAGCAGUUUAAUACGAUUGACCAUUGAAGACAGUAUCAGUCUGAACAUCAGCAAAGAAGAUUUUUCUCGAAUGCCACAGAUACGAAUGAUUAUCGUACGAUAGCCUUUAAUGGCUGUACGAUAGCCUUUAUUGAACCGUACACUUUCACUGAUCUGGCGCUGUUACAAACGCUGGUCCUAGAAUACCAUUUGGGGUUUCUAAUUCGGAAUUCGGAAGACGAGGAGAAAGGGCUAUCAAAGUAUCGGUUGUACCGGCAACAGCCGAAUCUGUCGGUCAUCGUCGCACAAGUGCGGGAACGCCACUGUGCUUGUUCGUACACCUGGCUCAGGAACCUGUACAGGCGCAAACCGGAUCUUAUGCGUGAAAGGCCAAGAGGAUAGGUAGCGGUGAUUGGAUCGUACCUUCCUCUUUUUGUCUCGCGAGGAUAUUUUACGAUACGACCAAAUGCGUAUAUUGACUGCGCAGUGCCAACUACCGGUGAAUACUUAAAGAGCAUCGGAUUGGACAGCGAUUCAGGACCACUUACAAUCUAUUCCGUUAAUACGACUUGCAACAGGAAAAUCAGGAGCUAGUGAGGUAUGUCAGAACCCAAAUAACAUCAAAGAAGUGGGACUGAUAAACAAGCAGAAAUGCUGAUUAAGGUGUGGCGACUGUUUAUUAGAUCACUAAAAUACAUUUUUUGCGCUUGCUAUUGUAACUGCCGAAAUGCAAAAGCUCAAAGCCAAGACAACUGGGCUGGAAGGUAGGUUAAAUCCGGAAUUGCAAAAAUUUGUAUUGCACAGGAACAUGUCAGCCGACAGGGCCGCUCCUAUGCGAGACGUGCUGGCGGGUAUCUGGUAGCAAUCGCGUUUAACUUUGGCAUCUGUAGAAGUAAAUUUAGUCCGUAAGUUUAAGUACAGUAUAUAAUAUCUGUCUGCUUAAUAAAUCAACACUGAGUGCAGAGUACAGCUGAAG